AUGCCAGCCAAUAUCCAGGUCAUGCAGGCCACUGGGUGUACGAACGCCGAAGCGGUCAGGUUACUGGAGAAAACAAAUGGCAACAUCCACAAGGCCGUUGCCUGUCUGCCCGGUAAAGAUGAAUGGGACUUCAACCUUCCUCGAGUAAAGGUACCCGAAAAAUCCAGCAGCGCCAUGGACUAUGAGGAUGGCUUCGCCACCCGCUAUCGCACGAAUUUGCGGGGUUAUGAAUUUACCUCUACGGAAAGUAACGGGCACGAUACCGACGACCUUAGCCUAGAUAAGCUGGUUGCCGAUGUUCAACGUGGCGUAUCCUGUACGGUGAUUCGCAGUCAACUUACACGCUUUCGGGAGCGAAUGGGGCCUGACAAGACUUGCCAACUGUUGAACGGUCUGGUUAAAGGAUUUCCUGGAUUGUUCUAUGUUGUCCAAAGUCGGAAUGUUGAGAUGGUGAAAAUGUGGGCAGAGUACGGAGGCGACGUCAACACUACAUAUGGAAAAAGUCAAACAGCCGCAAUUACCCAUGUCAUCGAUCACUUCAUCAGUCACUUCGCGCUUCAAAAGCAGAAGCAGGAGGAGAAAUCGAAAUCGAUGGUCCUCCUAUUUGCCGGGCCCAGCGGACACGGCAAAACUGAGUUUGCUCGCAGUCUUGGAAAACUUACCUCUAGAGACUUGGAAAUGGUCGAUUGCACCAGUAUGCGAUAUAAGACAGAUCUCUGGGGUCCUUUUCACCCAUUCCAAGGGUGGGAAAACGGCUCUGCCCUCAGCAACUUUCUGGAGAACCACGCCUCCCAGGAGUGCAUUGUCUUUCUGGACGAGUUCGAAAAGACAAAAGAAGAAGUACGAGAGUCGCUCCUCAAGCCCUUCGAUGAAGUCAAGGAGAGCACCGUACCAAGCCAGGCUCGGCUGGUGGGGGACAUUAACGUCCAAGUUCGACGCAGCUACUCGGUUUGCAGAGCGUUGGUGACGGACGGCUACAUUCCGGAGCUGGGGGCACGGAGCAUUGCCAAUACGGUGAACCGGGACAUCAGCCUUCCCGUGGUGAACGAUUAUCUUGAUAAGAGAGAGCAGCUUCGUGAGAACCAGGGGAGAUGUACAUAUGUCGUUGGCGUAAACGAGGAUGAUAUGAUUGAUGUGUCGGAGGCGCCGACGAAUUGA